GAUAACAUGUCGGUCAACUUCAGGAGCGUUCUCAUAAGCGAUCCCGUGGACGAGUCUUGCGGAGCACUGCUGGCCGAGUACGGGAUUCCGGUUAUCACCAAGUACAAGUUACCGAAGGAUGAGCUAAUCAACGAACUGCAGAAUCACGAUGCUCUUAUCGUCCGAUCUGAGACCAAAGUUACGGCGGAUGUUUUUGCCGCUUGUCCAAAUCUCCGUGUGGUCGGACGAGCUGGUACCGGCGUCGACAAUAUAGAUCUUCAAGCUGCUACACGUAAAGGAGUAAUUGUAUUGAACAUCAGCGCUUGCGAAUUAACAUGCGCCCUAAUCUCAACACUCGCACGCAAUGUGGCGCAAGCCGCACGAUCACUGAAGGAGGGCCGAUGGGCGAAACUAUAUUCCGGAUACGAGUUGUCCGAAACCCUUGCGAUCCUCGGGAUGGGACGCAUAGGUCGCGAAGUGGCCCGGAGGAUGCAGAGCUUCGGCAUGAACAUCAUUGCCUUUGACCCGAUCUUGAAGUCCGAGGUCGCCGCCGAGCUCGGCAUCAGGAAGCUCAACUUGGAGGAAAUAUGGCCCAUCGCUGAUUACAUCACCGUUCACACGCCACUUAUACCUCAAACCAGAAAUUUAAUCAAUGCAACGACCUUGGCAAAAUGCAAGAAAGGAGUAUACAUCGUUAAUGUCGCUCGUGGCGGCAUCGUUGAUGAGGAAGCUCUCUUGAAUUCAUUGAAAUCUGGCCAUUGUGGCGGAGCAGCUUUGGAUGUCUUCAUCGAAGAGCCGCCGAAGAAUCCAAUCACUUUGGAGCUCAUUAAACAUCCGAAAGUCAUCCCGACACCUCAUCUCGGUGCCAGCACGGCGGAAGCUCAGCAACGAGUCGCGGUGGAAAUUGCCCAGCAAUUCCUGGCUCUGUCCGGCAAAUCGACGGAAUAUGCCGUCACCGGCAUCGUGAACGCUCCGGUGUUAUCUGCCGCCAUGACAAUCGAAAACGAACCAUGGAUAGAAUUGUCGAAGAAAUUGGGUCAAUUGGCCGGUCGUUUCCUCAAGGGCAAGUUAAACACAGUCAUUCACAGCCAGACCGUGGGAAACGGCAUGCAGGACAAACAAUUCAUACACACGGCUGUUUUGGUCGGCAUAUUAACUGGCCAGACAAAGAACGGUCUGAAUCUGGUUAACGCACCCACCCUAGCGCAAGAUAUUGGCGUGAAUCUGCAAGAAGGUCACAUCGAGGAUGACAAUAAAGCGGUCCUCGUCAAAGUUGGAGAACAUGUCAUCAAAGGAACUGUGCGCGAUAACCAGUCGCUGUUGCUCGCUCUGGAUGACGCCGUUUUCACAAAUGGCAUUGUACUCAGGGAUCAUAUCUGCCUGUACCGCGCGAACAGAGUGCAGGAUCUCGCCAGCAUCGUGAACGUUUUCUCGUCGAAGGGUAUCAACAUUCACAACUUGAACGCCAAUGGCAAUUGGGUCAUCAUUCAAACUGAUCAGGAGGUCUCGAUUCAAGUGGACGAAAUUGAGAGCUUUUGAACGCGACCGCAUGAUGAUGAUGACAACAAAUGAUCCUUGAAAUGAGAAGAGAAAUGUGGAAGCCCAAAUUUUGAAGAAUCCAGUAUUGUCCAGUUGCUAGAAAUACGCGGGGAGCUCUUAUGCUACUCUAGAAUGUAUCUUUUUAAUUAUAUAAAUCUCCAUUUGUAAUAUCAUUAUUUAUUAUCUGAUUAUCAAGGUAGAUGAUUAGAAGCGAUGUAAAUCGAUAUUAAUAAUGUAGGCUAUAAGUAUUUUUUAGUAAGGAAACGAAUAUAUAUAUUGAUAUAAAAUAUUCUCGUUAGAAUGAUAUAAUUAAUCAUUAGAUAAGUUGCACUUUUUACAGACACACAUAGAAAAAACAUGUAAAAAAAGGUAUAUAAAACAUGUCUAUAUAGAUAUUUAUAUUUUUGUAUUAUUAGAGAGUUGUUAAUAAAACAUCACAUUAUCAAAU